GAAUAUGGGUUCGUCUGUUGUGAAGAGUCUGCCAGAGUUGCUAUGGCUACCCCAGUAGGGGUGGGAAGUUGUGUGCACAGGCUGUUCACAGCUCACGCUGCUAGCGCUACAUUUCACCAGAGCUCCCCAGAUUGCCUCUGCAGCAAAAACAAAGAGCUAAGAACAAUAUGCCCAUUGUAAAAUAUCCUAGGACUGUAGAGCCUCUCUGGAUUGGAUGGGACAGGAAGGCACAGAAAUGUGGAUUAAGACAUACAAUUUAUGCUGUCAAUAGGGAUCACUAUACUGGGGAAUGGUUGGACAAUUUGAAGCAUGGAAAAGGUACACAGACCUGGAAAAGUACAGGUGCAAUAUAUAAUGGUGACUGGAAGUUUGGAAAACGGGAUGGAUAUGGAACAUACAGCAUUCCUGACCCUGUAACUAAAGAAUACAAGAAAGUGUAUUCAGGCUGGUGGAAAAAUGACAAAAAAUGUGGCUAUGGAAUUAAGUUUUACUCAGACAUGGAAUAUUAUGAAGGGGAAUGGAGUGGUGGGAAAAGAAGCGGCUGGGGCAGAAUGUACUACAAGGAUGGUUCCAUCUAUGAAGGACAAUGGUUGGAAGACCAACACAGUGGCCAAGGAAUGCUUCGCUUAACAAAUGAAAAUCGGUAUGAAGGAACAUGGAAAGAUGGAAAAAAACAUGGCCUAGGAAAGUUUUUCUACCUGAAUAAAGGCCAGUUGUUUGAAGGUUUCUGGGUAGCAGAUUUUCCGAAGUAUGGAACUAUGAUUGACUUUGGACGAGAAGAAGCUCCUACUCCUACACAGUAUCCAAUACCCAAGAUUGAACUGGCCAAUCCAGAUGAUGUUUUAGAAGAGGCCCAGGCAAUGCUUGACAACAGCCAAGAAUGAGAACAGGCUCCUGAUAAAGAUAUGAGAAAAGAACAUAAGACUCAUUGUUACUUCUUCAUUUGAAUCAUCUUUCUAGAUCCAUGGUACAUGAGACGGUGUGUUUUGUAAAGCAGAGAAGCAGCACCAAAACCUACUUGGUUCUCAAGAAAUUAAUUAGUUCUUCAAAACUGCCACAAUGCACACUUCAUUCUGUAUUUCUAUUUGGACAGGAUCCAUUUUACUCAGGAGUUUGGAAGCUGAAGAGGCCUUAUAGGAAGAAAUUAUUCUGCCCAUGAAUAAAUUAAAAGUAGGUGUUGACCUCCUUUGACACUAUAUUACAGAAAACCUGUGUGUGAUCGUAAACCAAUUUCCAGGCUGUUUUAAUACCAGAUGGCCAUGGUCAAGUGGGCUGAAAGCCAAGAACACACUAUCUAUACUUUCAUGUUCCAGUUGCAAGAAUUAAAGUCAUGGCAUUCUGAAUUAAAGUCCUCCUGGAAGGUCUGUAUUUUUAUUUUCUUCAGACCAUAGCACUAACUCAGUGUAAUACUAGUGCUACAGUUAAAUUAAAAACAGACUAGUACAGAUGGGUGAAUGAAGAUACAUGCUGACAUAGAUGUCAGUCUGGUAUUGCAGAAAGAGGUGCAUUCUGCUGGUGGGUGCAGUUAGGGUUUUUAUAUGGGCUUGCUUGAUUUUGCCUUCUAUACAUCCCAAGAGUAUUAAUUUAGUUUACAAAUUUCUGCACAUAGGGGUAGCUUUAUUGGAACUAAGAAUCAUUUUCAUGCUGCACUAAACACCAUUAAAAAAAAUUAAAUGAAAAGGUGAGAUGGAACCUGGUUUGCAGCCAGAUACAUGACUGCCAUACUGUAGGUGUUACAAAGAGGUCAUUUUCCAGCAAGACAUCCAUUCCCAAAACACUACCCAUAAGUGCCAGGUUUACAAUAAUGUCCAUUUAGUUAUGGGGAGAUGAUUUCUUCCCAAAGUGACUUCUAGUCUUGAUCCAAAAAGGCUGCAGGUUUCAUACAAGAAAUUCCUUAUAAUCCUACAGAAGUAUUUUCUAGCUCAACUUGAAAGGGAGGAAAUAGCGAUCUAUUACAAUGCCCUGUCACAGAUGAGGAGGAUUUCUCCCAUCAAAGCCCAAAUCGAUUGGCUUUUGGUCGGUGAAGUAGAUAUGUACGGGCUGCCCAGGAGAAUAGAAUUCUUCCUACGUUUCCUAUCACCCACAGGCUAUAGUAGCAGCCACAGGCCUCCAUAUUCCCCCACGUUUUUUGGCCAAAAGACGCUGAAGUUUAGUUGGACUGGUCUCCUCCACCUCCACCCUCACUCCCACACAGUAAGCUUCUGCAGAGAACAGCUCUGUGAGAUGCUGAGAGGAGGAGUAUAGUGCCCUGGCCCAGCAUCCCCAUGGCAUGCCCUCCCUGUACAGAGGAAUCCUAAUGUUUCCAUUAGUCUCAAAGCUUUUUGUGCCUGCACAGGGGAGAUGGGAAGCUGGAUUUCGCUUACAUACCCCAUAGUAAUCGACAAUGAAUUUUCAAAAACAUGUUUUGAAAUACCCAGUCCUCUCAGUAACUAUGUAUGGUCUUAGUAGAAGCCACCACUGUACUUAACAGCUGGUGCUCUAGAUAAAGCCUGAGAACCACUCUGUGUGAUCAAAAUGCACAUCUGGUAAAUAGAAGGCAAAUUCUAAGCCUAGCUCUACCUCUCUCUUGCCUUCAGUAAGUCACUUAACUGUAGAGCAGUGGUUCUCAACCAGGGUUCUGGUGCCUCUUGGGGGGCCACAAGCAGGUUUCAGGGAGGCUGCCAAGCAGGGCUGGCAUUAGACAUGCUGGGGCCUAGGACAACAAGCCGAAGCCCCACUACAUGGGGUUGAAGCAGAGGCCUGAUGCCCUGCCACCCGGUGCUGAAGCUGAAGCCUAAGCAACUUAGCUUCACGGGGCCCCCUGUGGCAUGGGGCUUGGGGAAUUGCCCUGACUGCUACCCCCUAAUGCUAGCCCUGGCUUUUACAUGCACAAAAAUAGUUGUAGCCCAGAUGGGCUGUGGAAUUGUUAUAGCAUGGGGGGGGGUGCUCAAGGAAAAAGGUUGAGAACGCCUGCCCUAGAGCACACAUCAUUAGGCUGAAGUCAAUGAAGGCAUGCUAAUUUACGUUAGAUAUAUUUCCAAAUUGGUGCAAGAGAUACAUGUACCUCUUGCAGAGAACUGCUAUGAGGAUUCAUAUGUGUAAAGCACACAAGUGCCAUGUUACAUCAGAAUGUCUGAAGCUGAUUAAUGAAAAAACAAAAAAAAUCACUGUUAAUCAGUUAGUGUGUGAUUAGUUCAUCCGAUUUACACUGCACUUCUGAAUAUCAAUGAAAAUGAGAAUAUAUUUUUGUUGAGAGUUCAUUCAACUGACUCCCCAAACUCUAAUUUAAGUAAGAGCCUCCUUUAAAAACACACUGAGUCGAGAACAAUAUCAAGGUCAGGUAUAGUCCCAAGAAUAAAGCAGUGUUAAAGUGAGGAAAGAGACUGUGACCACAUUAUUCUCUUUAUGCCUAUUUGUGGAGUCAGGAAGGGUUUUGUCUGCACCUGGUAGCCCAUAUACCACAUUACACUCAAGACUCUGAAUGGUGACUCACUGAAUACUUAAGAGGAUAUCUUCACGAAACUGAGAUUAUUACUGGCACCGUGUAACUAAAUGGAGUAAAAUGAGUGACAGUUACAGAACAAGACGUUUGUCAGAUGUCUUGGUGACAAGACAAAUUAUAAGCAUAUUUUAUUUCAAUUUUAAAUCUAAACAUAAUAUAUACAGCAACUGGUGUUUAAACUGCUUAAAGUAAAUGCUUAAUACCAUUAGUAUAAACGGGAUCAGAAUAAAAUGGAGUGCACUCUACUGUUUAGAGAACAGAUUUGACAUCAUGAGUUCUGGUCUUUAUUUGUGCCUCUGCCAUGCAGUUAAUAUGUGAUCUUGCACAAGGCACAUCUUUUGUGACCAUUUCCCCAGCUGAAGAAUGGGGAAAAUACAUACAUGAGCUGCGCCUAAAGGCUUAAAGUGCAGUUAUGGUCAGAAAAAAAUGACUAGUAAUAGCUCUAAUUAAAAAGGAAUG